CACGAACAUUCACGAACCUUCACGAACUUGCACCCUCUUUCUAGCAACCCCUACGAACCUUACGAAGCUGCAUUUCCAAGCAAGAGUAUACGUACCCCGAUUGCCGCCUUGCUUACUCUCCAUACCGACAGAAUGGAUAUAAAAUGCUCCCCUUCUGCUCGCCAAUCUCCCAUCAACAACUUUUCAGAUCCACUCCUCUCAUAUUCCAUAUCCCAUAUCCUAGAUCCACAGCCGUAUCUACAUCUGUACUCACACAUUACGUAACUGCCUGAACAACACCUAAAUCCUAAACAUACUCUUCCAACUUCAGACCCACCAACCCACUCUACCACAAACAAUGGCAUUUUUCCUUACGCCGCGCUUCAGCCCCUCCACCAACAACACCUGCAAUCCUUUCACGUCCAACUGCGCACCGGUCUUGCGCCCCAUCUUCCGCCAACGCGUCUCCCGCCCAGCCUUCCCCUCCUUCGUCCCCUUCCUCAGCCAAGUUGACGAACUCCUUACCGAACUUGACCGCGAGGCUCGUCGCGCCGCCCACCAGGCUCGCCAGCAGCGUAAGCAAGCUUUCCGUGCAAGGUUCGAUGUACGGGAGAAAAAGGAGGGAUAUGAAGUCGAAGGCGAGGUUCCUGGGUUUGAGCAGGAGAACAUUGAGGUUCAGGUUAGCGAUGAAUAUACGCUGAGUGUUAGAGGGAAUACGGAGACGAAGGUGGAGCAAGCGAAGGAUGUUGCUGGAGCCGAGGCCCAGGCUGAACCCAGUCAGGAGGAAAAGAGGGAUAGCGUAGACGGUGUCACCAUCACUGAACAGGAAAUCAGCAGUGACACCGAGAGCCAUAAAUCCUACCAGCCCACCGUCGAAGACGACUUUGAAGAUCUUGGCGCCGAGACUUCAUCCACACUUUCUACUGGUACCUCCCCUGAGACCCGCGAACCCAAGGGCAAGGAAGAAGCCGUGGAGCAGCGUACUACUGCCGAGCUCAAGACGGCCGAGACCCAACCUCAGCAAGAAGUCCACCAACAGGAGCCCGAGAGCCUCGAAUGGCUCAAUGAGCGUGUGCAUGGGUCUUUCGAACGCACGUUCCGCUUCCCGGUGAGGAUCGAUGCUGAGAAUGUGAGGGCUGCGCUUAGGAAUGGGGUGCUUUCUAUUCAAGUACCAAAGGCGCCAGUGCCUGAGAUCAGACAUAUUGCCAUCCGAUAGACGACGCAACACCGAAUUAGGCAGAUGAGGGGGGCUUUCAAACAAGCGAUGGGAAGUAGGUACGGGUUAUGGAAGUGGAGUAGAAUGGAAUGUAUGAUUGUCUUGUACGAUACUUAGAUAUCGAUAAUGAACCUGCAACAAUGAUUAAAAUUCCAAUAAAGUAUU